AUGUUAUGUGAUGAAUGUAAAACAAAUUCGUAUGACUUUACUUGUAAAUGUUUAAAAAAGCUGUGUGUAUCAUGUUCAACAAAGCAUAUACAAUUAAUUGAAAAACAAUUUUCUGACAUAUAUAAUAAUGAUAUUAAAUCAAAAAUUGAGCAAAUAAAUGAUAUAUGUCAUCAAAAUAAUUCUAUUGAACAACAACAUCAAAUUAUUCAUGAUUGGAAAUCCAAACAAAUUCAAUUAAUUAAUGAUAUAAGUAAUGAAGCAUUAAAUAAUUUAAAAAAAACUCAACAAUUAUUAUCAACAAUAAAUAUUGAUGAUUUAGAAAAAAAUUUUCGUAUAAUUCGUCAUGAACAAUUAGAUGAAAUAAAUGAAUUUAAACAAAAUUUAUGUAAUAAAUAUACUGCCCUAUCAGAAUUAUCAUCUAUAAUUAAAUAUAAUACAUUAAAUGAUUUAUUAAAAAAUGCAUUGAAUUUAAUUUCAUUAGACAAUGACAAUAAUAAUAAUAAUAAUAAUGAAGAAGAAAAUUUUACUUCAUUUGUAGAUAAAUCGAAUAUUAUUUAUCGCAUUCCACGUGCACAUGCUGAUUGUUAUGGUGCCAUAGCCUGUCAUAAUAACGAAUUAGUUUAUUAUGAUUUUGAUAGAAAAACUAUUAUUGUUAUAAAAACAAUUUAUAAAACACAAUCAUUUGAAUAUAAAUGGCCUUAUGAACAACGUAUUACAGAUAUGGAUUAUUCAUCAAUAUUACAAUUAUAUUUAAUAUCAACGGGUAGAGGUACAUGUGAAUUAUAUUCAUUUGAUUCAGAUACAGGAAAUAUUAAUAUAUGGAUGACAUUUCAAUUAAGGCAAAGAAAAAUGCAAGUAUUAAAACGUUUUUAUUGUUCAUUAGAUAGUAUUUUUAUUGUUUUUUGGGAUAAACGUGGUGAUUAUAAAAAACAAUGUUGUGAUACAUUAUUAUUAAUUGAUUAUAAUAAAAAAGAAAUUGAAUAUAAAACAAUCAAAGAUUUAAUAAAUAUUGAUGGUGAAAUAGUAGAUGUUGCUUGUGAUGAUAAUUCAAAUGUUAUAUCAUUAGCAUAUCGUUCGACUAUCGAAAAUAACAGGGUAAUUGGUGUUUAUUUGUUUACUAAAGAAUGGAAUGUGAUAAAUGUUGUUCAAUUAGAUGCAACUAAUAAUUCUGAUUGUUGGUUUACACCACGCAUCAGUUGGUCGUCUGUUUUAAAUGUUUUUGUUUUUGUUGAAUAUACAUCUGCUACUUUAUUUAUUCUUAAUCGAAAUGGUAUAAUAAAAGGUAAAUCAACAUUCGAAGAUCAAAAUGAUGCCACUCAACCACUUAAUAUAUGUUUAUCAAAUGAUUGGAUAGCUCUGUAUUAUCAAUUAUCAAUCAAUAUUCAUAGGAUCAAUAAACUGUUGACAUAA